AUAGGCGGACGCGCCAUAGGGUGGGCGACGGCUAGCGCAUCACACCCCUCUCCUUAACACCUAUACGAGUAUGCCGGCCGACUCCUCCUUCGACCAGCUGCUCGGGCGGCUCGAGGGCGUCAAGACAGUUCUCGUGUGCGAUCCGGAGGGCGCCAUCCUGCUGUGCGCGGGCGACGCCUCCUGCGAGCCCAGGCUGCAGCGGCUAUCGGCGACGUACUCGCAGACCGCCGACCACACCAGCAAGCUCGGGCUCGGAAAGAGCCGGCACAUGACCGCGUUCUGCGACGACUGCGCGGUGGUGCACGCGAGCUGCUCGCCCAUCGUGCUCAGCCUAUUGGUGCACGCGGGGGCGGACGUCGCACCGAUCCUAGACGCGCUGCCCGAGCUGGUUGAGUCGCUGGCGCCGCUGCAGCAGGCGGUCGAGAGGCUGCUCUCGCAAAACAGUCGCGACUGAGGGUUGUCAGCAGGAGCAGGCGCGGGCCGGCCCCGCCCUCACGGCGCAGCGCCCGGGCACCUCAGACUGAGACUCUCCUCGCUUGGUGCGACUCUGCGAGUCCGAAAGUCGAGUACUGUACGUAAAUCGAUGUUAUCGUUUUUCUUCUCUAGAGGGAUCUGAGCAUC